AUGCUGCUAUCACCUCUUGCCCAUCCUUUCCAUCCUCUUACAGGAGAAGACUUCAAUGCAGUCAUUUACAAUAAUGGAAUCCCCACUUUACAGAUGCAAGAAUCUGACACCGAUUUUCUGAGAACGUUUUCCGACGAAACGUUGGAAGAAGCUUUUCCUCCUACAGCACAGGAGGCAGCUGAACUCGAAGCUGUUGAAGUGUUUGUCAACCUCAUGGCAAACUUGGAUAUGUUGGAGCGGACGGAAGAAGCAACUAUGCUUGUUCGCGAAGGGUUGAAGAAGCGUUUGGAAGCAAAAAUUGGUCUCAUUCGUAGUCAAGAGCUUCCAUCGCCAGGCACUCCUCGGAAUCAUCGCGAUAGGACUACUACUAGAGAACAACAAGCAAACAAUAAGGUCACCAAGCCACGUGUUGGCAAGAGGUUUGUGAAGCUUGCAGUCAAGCAGCAGCCGAUUCAGCAGCCCCGCAAGCGCCCAUAG